AUGCCUUCUCAUGUCGCAGCCGCAGUAGCGGCAUCUCUUAUGUACUUCUACCCCCUGGCGCAGUACGCCAGGACUUUCGCACCGACCAUCGACGCAGUGGGCACAAACGCCUUUCAGCAUCAGAGACUGGCAGCAGCGGCCUCGGAGACUGUCACGCGGCCUAACGUCGAUACACUAUACUCUCAAGUUGCCGUCGACCUGUCUGAGACCGACCUCCUCUUGACAUUACCCGAGAUUGAUCCACAGAGGGGCCAUGUCUUCCCAUUCCAUGACCUAUACGGGAAUCUCUUCGCCGCGCUCGGUAGCUAUAACAACGCCAGCGCGGGCACCUGGGUCUUGCGCCUUGCGGAGCCGGGACAGCCUGGGAUGGAGAUGGCAGGGGAGGGCCGGCACGGUUGCAUGUACGAGAACAUCACCGGUUGCAUCAACUUCCCCACCGUCUAUGGCUUGAUGUUCCCCAGGCUCCUGCUGUUCAACGAGCCUGAGGACGAGCGGCUUACAGACGAAAUCCGGCGCGAGUGGUCCAUUAAACCUCUCAAACGCCGGGGACGCUCACGUUGUGACAAGGGAUGCCCCAAAUUGACGACUAAGAUUCUCCGGCCCCAAGAUAUCACGGCCGCAAGCUUCAUAUCGCCGGCAGUUUAUGAUGCAGUCAACAUGUCGCUCCUCUUCGACACUGCAGAGGGCUUGAUGCCUUACAUUCUCCCCAGCGACCAAGAGCUCAUUAACCAAGAUGUGAAGCAGAAUCUCACCAAAGCCCUGCGAUGGGCCCGUGGUAAGCCGGGUCGCUGCAAGCCUGCCCAGGAUCUUGUGCAAACGAUUCAGUCCAUUAUCGCGUCAGCCCUGCCAGCAGCGGCAGCCGACCCUAGGCGCAUCAUCCAAAUGAACCCGGAAUGGAUCUGGCGCUAUGGCCUUGGUGAGUUCGGCAUGGACUACCUCUUCCGUGCGGCCAUCACCGUCCGGGGCUACCUCGGUAUCGGACCCCAACAGUACUUGACGCCAAACUACCGAGGCCCAUACUCUAGUCCGGACUUGUCGUCAACUAUUGACCCAGGCGAUGCCGAACUAUGGACCUUCCCGCGCAAGCCGACGCUAGUCGAAGGCGGCUUCUGGAGCGUUACCAUGUACGACGAGGCUGGCUUCCUCGUCCCAAAUAGCAUAGACCGCUACGCUCUCGGUGAUCGGAGUAGCAUGACCUAUCCAGAUGGCUCGCCAGUCUAUACGAGUGAAGACACCUCAGACGAAGAUCGGCCCUUCCAAAUCCUGCUGCAGAGCAACUCGACACCGCCGCCUGCGAACUGGACAUCCAACUGGCUUCCCACACCUGACGGGUUUGGGGGAGUCAAUGUCACAUAUAGCGUGCUUUGGCGGUUUUACGGGGCAGACGAUGAGAUGAAGACGCCCGGAAGAUGGGAUUGGCCCACGCUAGAAAGAAUUAAGGCUCUCUGA